AAAGUCCGAGGGAGUAAGGAGAGAAAAAAAAAAACAAUUAAAAUAUUUAUAAAUUUUUCUUUUUGCAGUAUUAUCUAUUAUCUCUGCAAAAGUUUUUAUUCACAAAAAAAAAAAGAAAAAGAAAUCACUCAUCAAUUUCUCUUUCUCGCUCCCGAGAAACAACGAAAACCCUAACUCUCUCUCUCUCUCUCUCUCUCUCACGAGUAAAUCCCCUUUAUCUCUCGCUGAAUCUGCCUUUCGUCUUUUCGAUUUGUGGUUUUCUUGUGAGUUUCUAGGUUUUUAAUGGUGUGAAAUCGAUGCCUUAGACUCAGAUUUUAAAGAUCUGUUUCUGUAUAUUUAGGUACAUAAAAUAUUUUUGUUCAUAGAGAGAAAUAGCUAUGGCGGCAUCUGAUAAAGAGCUGGAGCUACAGUUAAUGGAGGCUGGGAACAGGCUUGUUGAACCUCCUCCUUCAGUUGAUGAGCUCCUCCCUCUCCUUGACCAAGUUGAGAGUUGUCUUUCAAGGGUGGAACAAUCACCGAGCCAAUCAAUGCAAAAUGCACUCUCUCCAUCACUCAAAGCAUUGGUUGCAGAGCAACUUUUCAGACAUCCUGAUGUUGAUGUCAAAGUUGCAGUUGCUGCUUGUAUCAGUGAGAUAACAAGGAUAACUGCACCCGAUGCUCCUUAUGAUGAUGAGCAAAUGAAGGAGGUCUUUCAACUGAUUGUAUCUUCGUUCAAAAAUUUAUCUGACAAGUCCAGCCGCUCAUUCAUUAAGAGGACCUCGAUUCUUGAAACUGUUGCCAAAGUCAGAUCAUGUGUGGUGAUGUUGGAUCUCGAAUGUGAUGCACUAAUCAUUGAGAUGUUCCAGCAUUUCCUUAAGGCAAUAAGGGAUUAUCAUGCAGAGGCUGUCUUUACAUCAAUGGUGACCAUUAUGACCCUUGUACUGGAAGAAAGUGAAGACAUAUCUGCGGAGCUGCUCUUCCCAAUCUUAUCUAGUGUAAAGAGGGAUAAUGAGGAAGUUCUUCCUGUUGCUCAGAGGUUGGCAGAGAGAGUGCUUGAGAACUGUGCAUCAAAGCUGAAACCUUACCUAAUGCAAGCUGUAGAGAGCUUGGGAAUUUCUUUUGAUGAUUAUAGUAGUGUAGUUGCUUCUAUAUGCCAAGCAACAGCUGGUGCUGUGGAGCAGAAGGAUGCUGCUACUGAAAAACACGUGGAUGAUGAGAGCAAACCAGCAGAAGCAUCUUUGGGCAGGGCAGCCCAGCAGGAGGAUAAAGAGAUUCCUAAAGAAGCUGUUUCAACUGAACAAGUUGAUCUUGCAAAUGAAAAAUCUCCCAAGUCAGUAGUUAGCAAUGGCAUUGUGCAAACUGUUGAAGAGGACUCAUUGGCUGAUUUGAACUCUGUAAAGAAGCAAGAGGAUGACCAUCUUACUGGUAAGGCCAAGAAUGAUGAUACAUCAACUAUUGCUGAACCUGAUAGAUUGGAAGCUGAGAAAUUGAUCAAUUCAGAUUCUAAGUUGGAGCAAAGUACCCAGGAAAAGGGGAGGAAAUCUGAUUCAAAAUCUACAGAACCAUCUGACAGCUCUCAUGUUGAUGAGAAGGAAGAUGAGACCUUAACAGACCCGAAAAAUGACAGCAAGUAUGAUGCUGGUUUACCUCGUGAGGAUCCAUCUGUUGAUGGGGCUUUAUCCUCGGAAAAUAAAAGAGAGACAGAUGUUCAGCUUUCCUCACCAAAAGCAACAGAGGAUGAAUCAACUGCUGUUGCUUCCCCUACACCAAGUGAGACUAUACCUGAUGAGAGUCAUUCUAAAAGGGCUGCACAGCCAAAAAGAAAAGAGAGCUUGAGCAAAGAGAUCACACCUUCUAUUGAUGAUGUCUCUAAGAAGGCAUCUGAAGGGACAAGUGAUUCAGAAGCAAAAACAAAUAGACGACCAGGGAAAAAGGUUGCUACUGUGGUUUCCAGCGAGGAUAAUGCUCUUACUGAUGUAGAUGAAACUAAAAAAGAAAGUGGCACUGCAAGUGAUUCAGAGGCAAAAUCACUGAAGCAGUCAUCAAAGAAGGUAGAUUCUAGCAGUAAUAAUGUAGAUGGAUCCUCUUCAAGGCAACUGGAGGAUAAGAAAAAGCGAGCUCGGGGGAAAGUUGUUCCUGAUAAGGAUGGAACAAAAACAUCAACCAAGAAUGAUGAUGAGGAAAUGGUUGCUUCUCCGAAGUCAGUGAAGCCAAACAAAUAUGAUUCUCACAUGGAGGAGACCCCUAAGACAAAUUCCAAGAGAAAGCAUACCCUGAGUAAAGAAAAAGCAUCUGAUUCUAUAGAAUAUGGUGAGAAUCUGGUUGGCUUAAAGGUGAAGGUCUGGUGGCCCAAAGACCGUGCGUUCUAUGAAGGUUUUAUUCAUUCGUAUGAUUCUCUCAAAAAGAAGCACAAGGUGAACUAUAAUGAUGGUGAUACAGAAAUUUUAAAUCUUAAGAGAGAAAAAUGGGAGGUGAUUGAAGAUAAGCCAGAGUCAGAUGAGGAAGAAGCAGCUGAUCAUCCAAGUCCUGAUGGUUCAUCUGAAAUGCCUCAAAAGAAGAAAGCAAAAACAGCUGAUCAACCAAGCAAAAAAUCCAAGAUGGAUGCUUCACCAAAAAGGGGUGGAGGAACUUCCUCUGGAAAAUCCAAAGGUGCUGCCACAAAGCCUGGUCGCAAAACAAAGGAAGAUGGUAAAGUGGAUGGCAAAUCCAAAGAUGGCUCCAAGAGUGUCAGUAAAUCAGACAAUGACAAUGUUACCAAAUCCAAGGAUCAUACCCCCAAAAGUGGUAGUAAAUCAGUUGACGUUGCUUCAAAUGUAGGAAACAAAUCCAAGAAUGAGGACAGUGGUGACGCACCCAAGUCUACAAAAUCCAAGGAUGAUGGAAGUGUUACACCAAAAGCUUCCACAAUGUCAAAGCAAGACACUUCAAAGACAGCCAAGGCCAAGCAGGAAACCCCCAAGAUUUCCUCCAAUUCUAAGGGUAAGCCUCUUAAAAGUGGUGGCAAAUCUAAUGCUAAUGGUACUGGUAAGUCAAAAUCUGGUUCAUCGAAGGUGAAAGAAAGUGAGAGCAUGAAAGAGAACUCAACUGAUUCAGCAAAACUUGUGGAAAUUGCGAAGAGGAAAUCACCAAGUUCGUCCAAGGCACAGGGAAAUGAUUCCAAGUCUGGAAAAAAGCGGCGAAGAUGAGGUGAAAGUUACUUCAACUGCAUUGUCACUGCCAAGGGCUGGUUAUCGUCCUAUGUGGAACUUAGUUGAAUCCUAGUAUUUGUUGCAGCCUUCUUAGACCUCCGGUUGCUGCAUUCACAGCUAGCCAUGCAUUUGGUAUUUGAUGUAGUUCUUAGGUUUGUGGCCAGAAAUACUCACAGUUAAUGUAGUUUAUAGUGUUUGUAGGGUUAAGGGGUUUUUUUCUUUCUUUUGUGGAAGGAAUUCCUGUUAUUUAAGGUGCAGCAUUAGGAUACAUUGGGUUAGCCUUUUUACCUUUAAUUGAAGAGUUGCUUCUAUAGAUGAUGUAAUAGAUUCAGAAAACUUUGUCGAAGCAGCGGUGGCGUAUCUUCUGUUCU